CCUACAACUCAGCAAUUGAUCUAUUCUUAGCCAAACACUGUUGACUCAAACAGCCAAAAAAUCUAGCUUUCAAACUCAAACUUAUCAUUUUAACUAAACUUAUCAUUGCACCAGAUGCCAUAAAAGGCCACCCUCCAAUCAAAUAAGAAGUGUUUUUUUAGGUUCCCCAUAUAAACAUAUACAUAUAUCAGUCUAUAUAUAUCCAGAACAAUCCAGCUAGAAUGAAGAACUGACUUUCUCCCUCAAAGAACCUAAUGGAGUUUUGAAUUUGGAAGUGUUUGAUAAAGACCUCUUGAAGACAGAUGACAAAAUGGGACAUGCACAACUCAGCCUUCAACCACUUGUCUCUGCUGCUAGACUCAGGCAGAUUCUGCAGAACUUCAAUGGCGAGACGGUGUUAAGGAAGGUUGUCCCAGAUAGUGACAACUGUUUGGUCAGAGAAAGCUCCAUCACUUGUGUCAAUGUUUGAUGCUGCAAAAUUAAGAAAGCUAAGACCAAGUUUCAAGCAGAACGAGGGCUCUGUUACUGCUGGCAAUGCUUCAAUCAUAAGGAUGGAAGGAGCAAUGUGCCAAGUACUCUCCUUACUCCACAUACUUUGAGGGCAGACUCAGCUCUGCCAUGCCCAACUCUGUGUACAACCAAAGUAACAACUCAGAAAAUGGAAACCAUUCGGUAGUUGGACAAACUGCAGUUAUUUUCUAUUUUAUUUUCUUUAUUUCUUGCUUUUUAUUUGCAUGCACUUGCAGUUGCCUGUAGAAGAGAGGGUGGGGAGUCUGUAGUGCAUUUAGAAUUAUUUCAUUGGAUAUUCAAGAAUGACUGCUGAACUGUUGCCAACAGUUAUAACAUCCAUACAAAAAAGGAUUGAAGUCGGUUUCCCUUUCAUAAAUGACCAGACAGGUCUACUGUUGUUUGACAGCAGCUUUCACUAUCUCACCAUCCUCAACGCAUGUUAAAGAAGUGCUUCUUAAAGAGAUGAAUGAAGGUUUUAUUGAGGCUGAAAAGAAGCCAGGUGUUCUUCUUACUUUGUUUCAUUACUUGGAAAAUGUAAACAAUCACACAGUAUGCUUAGAGGCUCUCCAGGUGAGAGCUGCAUCAGUAACAUGUUUUACGGGCAUAACUUCCUCUGUAUUCUUCUCUCUUGCGAAGGAGAAACAGGAUUUCAUUCUUUCUGCUGCGAUUAAUGCAGCCAAACAAGACGAAGUGCCUUCAGUUAGAUCAGCUUCUUGUCGAGCCAUUGGUGUCAUUUCAUGUUUUCUUGAAGUUUUCCAGAGUGCAGAGAUCCUGAACAAAUUGAUUCAUGCAGUGGAGAUUAAUACCCGCGACCCCUCAAUAUCGGUGCGAAUAACUGCUUCUUGGGCUUUGGCAAACAUAUGUGAUUCUAUCCGGCACUGUAUUGAUACUCUUGCUUUGGAAGGCUCGACAGGAUCAAAGAAUCAGAAAGAAAAAAACAUAUAAAACUCUGCAGCAAUCUUGUUAUUCACUUUAAAGUUAAGACUUCCGGCAACAACACCUCUGGCACUCUACAGAUU